GAAGCGGGUAUAUGACAGGGGGGAAGCUUGCUGUCGCAUGGCUUGAGCGGCUAGCGUGCGGAUCAUGACAUGGCCAACACCAGACUCGAUCCUCGAGUUAUACACAACUCGCAGCCCUCGACGGUUUUCAUGGCGACUUGACAGAACCUGGCGAUGAUCAAGCGCAACAGUAGCGACCACAACACUUGCAAGGAUGGCAGCAACGACAUUUGGGGCAAAGACCGGCCGCGCGACAUCCACCUCCAGAUCUCCAUCUCCUUCGCGCUUGGCAUAGGUGCAUUUCUGACCUUCUGCUUCCUCCGCCCACGAUGGAAAGGCCUCUACGCUGCACGCAAGAAGCAGAACGACCUCGCGACCUCGCUGCCCGAGCUUCCGGAUAGCCUUUUCGGCUGGAUCAUACCACUAUGGAACAUCACCGACGAACAGGUGCUGGCAUCGGCCGGCCUCGACGCCUAUGUAUACCUUGCCUUCUUCAAGAUGGCUAUCAAGUUUCUGCUUGUUACGCUGUUCUUCGCCCUGGCCGUCAUCAAGCCGGUGCAUGACACACAUCAAGAAAAGGAGGGAAAGAAAGCCCCGAUCCACGAAGAACCCAGCUGGGACCAUCUUGAGACACGAAGUACGAUUUCUACAUUCGCGGCCGAAUACGAACAAUACACCGACUACCUAUGGAUGUAUCUCGUCUUUGUCUACCUCUUCACCGCCCUCAUACUAUACUUGAUUGUCUCGGAGACGAGGAGGAUUAUCGAUAUCCGGCAAGAGUACUUGGGAAGCCAGACAACCAUCACCGACCGAACCAUCCGAUUAUCGGGUAUCCCAGUGGACCUUAGAUCCGAGGACAAGAUCAAGAACUUCAUCAUGGACCUUGGCAUCGGAAAGGUUGAGAGUGUGACUCUCUGCAAGGACUGGAAAGAGCUCGAUAGCAAAGUCGUCGAGAGGCAGGCCAUCUUGCGGAAGCUCGAGGAAGCUUGGACUGUCCAUCUUGGAAGCCGCCAAGUGGAACGAAGUUUGGAGACUCUCCCAGUCGUUCAGCCACGUCCGCCACAACCUUCGGAAAGCAGCGGGAACGACGAGAGUGAGACAAGUCAUUUCCUAAGCGACGCAGAUCGGGAUCCUGAUUACAUCACUCCUUACGCCCAGCAGCGCCCGACAGCCAAGAUCUGGUACGGCCGCUUCAAGCUACGAUACAAGAGAGUAGAUGCCAUUGACUAUUACGAGGAGAAGCUGCGUAGGAUUGACGACGAGAUCCGCACGCUGCGCAAGAAAGACUUUGAACCGACCCCGCUGGCAUUUGUGACCAUGGAUAGCGUUGCAAGUGCGCAAAUGGCCAUCCAGGCUGUGCUUGACCCUUCUCCACUGCAACUCCUAGCCCACAACAGUCCAGCACCACAGGAUGUGGUCUGGUCCAAUACUUACCUGUCUCGCCGUCAAAGAAUGUUUCGAUCUUGGUCAAUCACCGUCGCGAUUGGUAUCUUGAGUGUCUUCUGGACAGUCCUGCUAGUGCCCAUUGCUGGUGCUCUCAACACGUGCUCCAUCCAAGAGGUUUUCCCGGGCCUGGCAAAUGUACUGCACGAAAACGAUUUUGUAGAGUCUCUUGUCAACACUCAGCUUCCCACAUUGGCACUUACUCUGAUCAAUGUAGCUGUGCCUUUCUUGUACGACUGGCUCGCUAAUAAACAAGGGAUGAUCUCACAAGGCGAUGUUGAGUUGUCAGUCAUUUCGAAGAACUUCUUCUUCGUUUUCUUCAACUUCUUCAUCCUCUUCACGAUACUAGGAACUGCUUCCAAUUUUCUGACGAUGCUUGAGCGCUUCGCCGAGAAGCUCACCAGCGCCACACAGAUCGCAUACGCCUUGGCAACAUCGCUCUCGAAUUUACUGGGCUUCUAUACCAACUUCAUCAUCCUUCAAGCAUUCGGACUGUUCCCGUUCCGACUUAUGGAGUUCGGAGCCCUAUCUCUGUAUCCGGUUUAUCUGAUUGGGGCUAAGACCCCCCGAGAUUAUGCCGAAUUGGUACAGCCGCCAGUCUUCAGUUAUGGGUUCUUCCUACCACAAACCAUCCUCAUUUUCAUCAUCUGCAUGGUCUACAGUGUGUUGAGAGACUCAUGGCAAGUUCUGCUUGUCGGUGUGGCCUAUUUCAUGAUCGGCCACUUCGUUCACAAGUAUCAACUCUUGUAUGCCAUGGAACACCGUCAGCACUCAACUGGCAAGGGUUGGACGAUGAUGUGUGACCGCGUCAUUGUUGGUGUCGUACUGUUCCAAGUUACUGUCGCUGGCCAAUUGGCUCUCAAGAAGGCGUUCAAGCGGGCCGUUAUGGUAGCGCCGCUGGUCGUUUGUACUCUAUGGUUCCUUGUUGUAUUUGCGCGCACUUAUCGACCACUGAUGAAAUUCAUCGCCCUGAGAAGCUUGCGGAGUCCAGAACAAUCGGAUCUUGGACGCAACGUUCAGGAAGAAGCUGUUGCGUAUGGUCAGGCUGGACUGAGAACUGUGGGUAGACUUACAGUAGACGAGGCCCGAGAACGGGGCCUGCGCUUCGAGAACCCCAGUCUCAUUAUGCCUCUGGAUGAUGUAUGGCUACUGAACAGACACGGUAGACCUCAAAACGGAUCACACGGAUCUGGAUCUAAUGAUGCCAACGGUGCCAACGGUGCCAACGGCAGCUGGGAGUAGCCCAAGCGGACUUUCCUCAGCAAGGUUACGAUUGCACCUUCUUGUAUACGGUCCACAGUCUGGCCUUCUUGUACUCUUUGUCGCUCUUUCUUGAUUUGUGUUCGUUGAUACCCACCACCGCAAUGAAUUUAGUUAUGAGCCUACAACACUGACACCUCACAUUCUUUACUCACUCACCACAACCACCCAAACCUUUUGGGACAUCUUAUCCAUACUACUUUUCGUAUUCUUUUGUCACGCAAAGGCGGUAGUA